AGCGUCCCCGUUGCCAUGACUCCCAGAUCCCGGUACCGACGCGCUGAGGCGUGGCUGUGAAGGGCGAAGAGAGGCCUUGGGGGUCCGGGUCGAGCUUCCCUGGCCAGCGAGCCGGAGAGACGCCAUGGGCAGGAUCACAGAAGAUCUUAUUAGACGGAAUGCAGAACACAAUGACUGUGUGAUUUUUUCCCUGGAGGAACUGUCCUUGCAUCAGCAAGAAAUAGAAAAACUAGAACAUAUUGACAAAUGGUGCCGGGAUUUAAAAAUUCUCUAUCUUCAAAAUAAUCUUAUUGGAAAAAUUGAAAAUGUUAGCAAACUCAAGAAACUUGAAUAUUUGAAUUUAGCUUUAAAUAACAUUGAAAAAAUAGAAAAUUUGGAAGGAUGUGAAGGGCUGACAAAACUUGACUUGACUGUAAAUUUCAUUGGAGAGCUGAGCAGCAUUCAAUCCCUGAGGCACAACAUCCACCUAAAGGAGCUCUUCCUCAUGGGGAACCCCUGCACUGACUUUGAUGGCUACAGGCAGUUCGUGGUGGCAACUCUUGAACAAUUGAAGUGGUUGGAUGGUAAAGAAAUAGAGCGUUCGGAAAGGAUUCAGGCCUUGCAGAACUACCCAGUAAUUGAGCAACAAAUCAGGGAGCAGGAAAAAGCCUACUGCCUCAAACGAGCCAAAGACAAAGAAGAGGCUCAGAGGAAACUCCAAGAAGAACAUGAAAAUGAAGGCGAGGAGAGGAGAAAUAACCCAGGCUUUGACGGACGCUGGUACACAGACAUCAGUGCUACUCUCCCAUCUUUAGAAAGCAAACACCACUUCCAGGCACCAGAAAUACAAGAGGAGCACAACAAAAAUAAAAUAGAUGAAAGUGAAGAUGACCUGGAAUUCUGGAAUAAGCCCUGUUUGUUUACUCCUGAAUCUAGACUGGAAACUCUUAGACAUAUGGAAAAACAGCGGAAAGACCAAGAAAAAUUAAGUGAAAAAAAGAAGAAAGUGAAACCACCCAGGACUUUGAUCACUGAAGAUGGAAAAGCCUUGAAUAUAAAUGAGCCCAA